AUGAUGAAAGCUUAUGACUGGGUGGAGUGGUCAUAUCUAGAAGCUAUCAUGCUGAAGCUGGGAUUCACCCAGAGAUGGAUGGAGAUAGUUAUGGGCAUGGUGACGACGGUCAAGUUUUCAGUCAUGUUUAAUGGCAGCAAACUGCAACAGUUUACUCCUUCGCGUGGAAUCUGGCAGGGGGAUCCAAUCUCUCCGUACUUGUUCUUGCUAGCAGCAGAGGGCCUUCCGUGCCUGUUAAAAUCUAAAGUUGAGUCAUCAAACCUUGGUGGUCUGCAAGUGGCACCUUUGGCGCCACCGGUGAACCACUUAUUAUUUGCAGAUGACAGCCUGCUGUUCUUCAAGGCCAAUGCUAUGGGUGCAGAUGAGAUUAACCAGUUGUUGGAACAUUAUUGUCAAGCAACGGGGCAAAGAGUCAACUACAGCAAAUCCUCUAUCUUCUUCAGUAAAGGAGUUCCGGGAAAUGUCCGAGCAGAAAUCAAAGAAUUGCUACAUGUGCCUAAUGAGACAUUGAAUGAAAAAUACUUGGGAAUGCCAUCUGAUGUUGGUUCUUCAAGAAAUGGCGCCUUCAAGUUUCUCAAAUACCGUCUGUGGAGUAAAAUCCAGGGGUGGAUCGAGAAGUCUUUGUCCACCGUAGGGAAGGAGCGGCAGCCGAGAAGGGAGGGGGAAAGAGCGGCAGUAAAUCAUUUCGUCAGCAGCUCUUGGGGCCUGCGGGAAAUCUUCCACCGCGUCACCUCCUCCCAUGGCGGCGACCGCGGAGCUCGGCUGAUCCUGAUCGCGCCCGUGAUUAGUGGUUUGGUAGUUCAGCUGCCCCAGCAUUGCGUGCUCACUAUGGAAGAGCCCGAAUCAAAGAAGCAAAUAAAUGAGGAAUGCAUCAUAAACCGCCUCCCAGGCGACCUCAUUGAGCGGAUAUUUUUCAGGCUUCCAGUGAGCACUUUGUUGACGUGCCGCGGCGUCUGCAAGCAGUGGCAGAACUUCAUCCGGGAUCCACAGUUUGCCGCAUCACACCUCCAGCUUGCACCCAGUUAUGCUCUUCUGUUCUUCCCGCAAGGUUUGGUUUCCGGCGUGCUCUACCCUAGUGAUGCUAUCCUAAUUGAUGAGGCCUGGUCACCGUCGACAUGUGCGGUGCCAGUGAUUGGUCCUGAUGAUUUCCUUUUUGGUUCAUGCAAUGGCCUUCUUGGGUCAUACACAAAGACAUCAACGAUCAAGAUUGCUAACCUUGCAACUGGUGAAUGUCUGCAUCUUGAGAAACCUUCCAAGAAUGUGAAAGGUGAUCACUACUGUUUCUACAGCUUUGGGUUUCAUCCCGUGACAAAAGAAUACAAGAUCACACACUUCCUUGGUGACUGCGUUAAUGGUCGCCCCCAUAAUAAAGACAGGUUCAACAUCAUUCAAGUUUACACGCUUGGUGAUGAGAAAUGGAAAGAUAUCCGCACUCCAGAACCUCUUAGCUUGAUCAGUGUGAGAAACUCUGGAGUUGUCAAUGUUGAUGGCAAAAUGUAUUGGUUAACUGAAGACAUGCUAGUUAGCUGGCAGCAUGCAGUUAUUUCCUUUGAUCUCAGUGAAGAAAGUUUUGCGACUAUACAACUGCCGGCAGAGCGUGAAGAUCAGGAUCGUUAUGGUCCUCGUAAGUUCUGGAUCAGAGAAAUGCAUGGCAAAAUAUGCAUACUAACUGCUCAACCAAGUCGUUAUGAUCCCAGAGCUCUUCUUGGUGAGCUGCAGAUCUGGACACUUGAGAACACGGUAGAGCAACAAAGGUGGAGCAAGAAGUACAAUAUUAAGAACCCACCAAAUUACAUUCCAGGUCCACAUUCUGUUCACAGGGAUAGGAUCAUGACGCAACUUUACAACAGCGUGUGUUCAUAUGAGUUGUUUAGUGAAAACUUCGAGAUUGAUUUGAGCAAGAAGCUGAAGCUGUUUGAUUCCAAACCCCGUUGGAUGUACAACAUGCAAUCCUACAUCGUUGUGAAAUCACUUGUAUCUUUAGAUGUAUAUAAAAAGGCUGGCAUUGUGCGCAGACCGAAACAGCAAGUAGGCUGGGAAUUGAAGAAGUGGAAGGCAUGGGAGGAUAAGCGUCGUGAGGCAGAGGAUAUACGGUACCGUGUCCACAAACACGAGCAUGCCUUAUUUGGAAACGCAGAAAAAAUGGGUAAAAUGUAUCAGUCUUUGCAGGAUAAGCCACAUGAUGUAGCAGAACGUCUACGCGCAGAACUCAAUCAGGUGUUGCAGGACAUGCCACAUAAUCCAAGUCAGCCAAAGUCCCCCCGGAGGCUUAAUUGGGUGGAGCAGAAGCAGGACUAUGAGAAGUUGAUGGCCCGUUCAGUGAAACUGAAAGAAAGGGCUCAGGUCAUGAAGCAGGCACAUGAUAACAUCUUGAGUAUCAUCGCAAGUUUUAAGUCGGAUAAGGGUAAAUCAGCUGCUGGCGCUUCUUCUUCUUCUUCCAUUGCCCGUGUUGACGAGAAGAAGGAAGAAGAGAACAUUUAAAAUUGCACUUAGCUAUCUGGGGCACUUCUUGUUAUUGUCUCUAUUUCAUCCUGAGAGAUCCUGUAACCUCUGCCAAGGAGGCUCUUGUCCCCUUCGAUUGGAUGCGCGCAGCCGUUGUUCGUAGUCUGAUUUAGCCUCUCGCUCCAUCAGUUGCUUGUUGUCAUUACAUUACACUUUGAGGUUUCUAGUUUCUAUAAAUGUUCAGCACAAAAUGCCGCUUGGCUGAGAGAUCCAACAGGAACGAUGGCCUUGCCUUAAACAGGAAUAAUGAUAUGAUUUGCAAUGUUUUAAA